UUUACGUAAUAUUUGCUGCUUUUUUUUGUGCAAAUUAGACUGGAUUUUGCUGCAAUACAUUUGGAAUUUUUUGAUAUUUCGUGUAUGAAUUUGUGCGAAUUAUGAAAAAUAUUGCAAUUUUGUUUGAUUUUGUUGGUAUUCUGAUAAGCAACAUAAAUUCCUCUUAAGAUAAACUUGAUUUUCUUAAAAGUAAACUAAAUCGGCUCCAAAGUAGAUAGUUUUUUUUGCUGGCAGAUAGCAAUUGCCAACUUGUGUCCACGGGAUGUAGCUCUGUAUAAUAUUGUUGGUAGUUUGACAAGUAUAGUAAUGAGUGAAGAACAAAGUUUGGAAACUUGUUACUCAUAGCCUGAGAUUAUGUUUCUUGCUGGAACAAAGCAUCUGUUUGUAAGUUGCUUUGGAAUUUAGCAAACAAAAAAGACAAGGUCUGGGUCAGGUGGAUUCAUGAGUACUAUAUCAAAGGGAGAGACAUCACUCAAAUGGAAGCGGGAGUUCAUUUCGGUCACGGUACUCGAAAAAUGGAAUCCUAGAAUGGUGCCUUAUAUCUCUACAAAAUGUAAGGGUAUUCAGAUUCUAUCUCAAUUAGGUGAGGGGUGUGCAAUCCCUGUGAAUAAGGUCCCCCACCUUCAAAGAGAAUCAAUAACAUCUUCUCCUGGUAGGAAGUAGGUUUCGAAGCUGUAUGAAAAGACAGAGUCAAGAAAAGGUUGUGAGCAGUCUCAAGGGAAGCCCGAAUAGCGGAUAGUUUGAACGGUGGAAAGCAGCCUAGGAAAGAUUUCUCCAGGUAGGAAAUAUAUAUAGGUUUCUAUAAGCGAGCACGAGGGUAGUGGGGAAUCGUCGAGUUAAGGUACGUAGUCGCUUAAGCGAAGGUUAAGGAGUGAAAAGCGCGGAAGAGAGAGAUUUCUCUCGUUAGUCCAGGCAUGAUUGCCGCGGGUUGUGGCCCACCCGACGGACUUCCAUGGAUGUAGUCAGCGUUGAGUCUAUGUCACACAGGGCACCAAUCAAUUUAGUUGGGAAGAUGGCAAGGAUGAAAGAAGGAUAUCGAGAGAGAUGGGAAAAGAGUACAGAAGCGAGAGCGGGCUAUAGCUUGAAUUGGCUCGUGCACACACACAUGAAACUUAAGAAGGGGAGGGCUUUUCCAGCUAGAAAAAAAGCAACCAACAAAGCCAGACAGCAAGAAAGAGAGUGGGGCAGUCUCAUCCCAUGAAAGGUAAGGAAGGACUGCAGCUUUCCCGAGUGGAAGAGGUUCAAUUCAAUUCGACUCUGACUUUGAAGCCCGGCCGGGUGAAGAAGCCUCAGCCCGAGCAAGGUUAAGGAAAGGCUGGCUUCCCUUGCUGAAGGAAGGGCUGUCCGAAGUAAAGGAGUUUAUGCCAAGCAAGCUAGGGUCGGUUCGUAUUGACAAAGAGCUGGACUUCUUAACUUUCAAUGUUUUGUAGCUGUCUUCUCUCUCUAUGGGUAAGUAGCUAUUCCUUUAUUCGCCGCUGGAAGAGAUCCCAACUAUGCUUCCCUCUAACGAUAGAAGUGGAAUCAGAGCUCCUUGACAAAAAGCUUGAAUACAGAAAGAUAAGAUCAACACUGAAUGCUUUCUAUUAAAGAAGUUGCGCCUAAUGCUUAACUAACUAUUAGCAACUAUAUUAGAUAAAGAGUGAAUCUGUACAUUACUAUAUGCUAGUAAGCACUUUAUUAGGGUUAGGGUAUGAAGGGGAAGCACAUAACUAAUAGGGUUCAGUCUUAUACGAUGAAUCUUAUCCCCCGAAGCCCCUAUCGCCUGCCUGGAAUUCCUUACUUUACUCUUUCACUAGAGGCCUAAAAUAAAGCCUUUUUUUCUAAACUUGUGUUAGGCCUACCUAUAUCAGACAGCUUUCAUUGGCUGGCCUUUCUACAAAAUAGAAAUUCCCUUCUAUAAUUAGAUAACUGUAUAAAGAAGACAUAAACUAGAUGACUAAGGAAAGUAAUAGAUGUCCUUGUUUCUACCCUUCCCUGACUCGACGGCAUCAAACACAUAGUUCUUAUCCAACAACGAAAACAGGCUGGCUAACGAUGAGAGGAAAACAACAAAAAGAACUACCGCUAACUGGACAACUAACUCGCUUCACUAAGGGCAAGGAGCUAAAACCACUCAAUUCUUUUCUUUGUGAAAUUAAGGAGAGCAGCCAGCUGCAAGGAGUAUUGAAUCAAUCAGCUGUAAUUGGAGACAGGUUCUUGGCUAGAGACCUGACAAUAGAAAACACGGCAAGUCCGGAGAUGUACCAGGCAGUAGCAAUCAGAGUGACCUCUAACUAUGCUUUCUUCCGAUGCAAUUCACCUCCAACCAGGACACUCUCUACGCUCACUUCCUCCGUCAGUUUUACCGAGAAUGCAUCAUCCAAGGUACCAUUGAUUUCAUCUUUGGGAAUGCAGCAGCCAUCUUUCACAACUGCCAGAUUCUAGCCCGGAAACCUAUAUAUGGGCAGAGCAACAUGAUCAUGGUUCAGAGCAGAGAGGACCCUAAUCAGAACACAGGGUUCUCUCUCUCCAACUGCACAAUCAGCGCAGCCCUGGAUUUUUCUCUUCCUGAUCGCAGAAGAUCAUUUACCUUUCUUGGUCGAACAUGGAGGAACUACUCAAGGACAGUCAUAAUGAGAAGUAUAAUUUUGGUUUAAGUUCUUGUGAGAUUUUCAUGUUUAAAUAUUUUCAGUGUAAAAAAGACUCUAAAGUAAAUCUAUUAGCUCAAAUGAUAGAGCAUUAUGCGGA